CACCUAUAAUGCAUAUCUACUUGGGGUUAUUUUCCCAUAAAACUAAGCGUUGAAAAGUUUUGGUUUCUGAAAAAAUGAAAACAUAUAUUCUGUAAAGCUGUAGAUUUUAUUUGCAAAGAAAAAGACUUUAAAUAAAUUCGUGAUAAAAUAGAUUUUCCAACAACUUUUUUCUUCCUAUAUCACUUUAAAGCGUAAAGUAGAAUGGUCUACUUUUUUAUAGUAAGAUCACAUGGACCUUGACCCUUGAGAGAAGGUAUAUAUAGAGGUGUUGUGUCAUCGCAAAUACUCUUUAAAGUCUGUCUCUUCAGUUUUUUUUUUCUUAUACUUUUCUUUCAAAAGAAGGAAAAAAUAAAUAAAAGUGAUGAUCAUAACAGUUCUUCAUUCUCUUGUCUCGUUUUAUUUCAUCAUCAUCCCUACCCUCAUCUUCUUCCAUGGUAAUAUUCCAAUCCAUCAUAAUAUUUUACUACAAUUUAUAUCAAUAUUCACUAUCAUAAUUACAAAGUAUUGCAUGCAUUUGCCUUGUGUAGGAAGUAACGGUGCUACAAUAACUAUCGUAAACCGAUGCAGCUUCACUGUCUGGCCGGGUAUUUUACCCAACUCAGGAAGUGGGGACAUAGGAACCACCGGUUUCGAGCUAGCCUCUGGUGGUUCACGUUCGUUCCAAGCUCCAGCAAGCUGGUCUGGUCGGUUUUGGGGAAGAACCGGUUGUAGUUUCGACUCUCAAACAGGCCAAGGCACUUGCUUAACCGGUGACUGCGGUUCUAACCAAGUCGAGUGUAACGGCUCAGGAGCCAAACCGCCCGCUACACUAGCCGAGUUCACUAUCGGGUCAGGUCCAGAAGACCCGACCCGAAAACAAGACUUCUACGACGUGAGCCUUGUGGACGGAUACAACGUCCCUAUGGUAGUUGAAGCGAGUGGAGGGUCAGAAGGUAACUGCUUGACCACAGGAUGCGUAACGGAUCUAAACCAGAGAUGUCCAGCAGAGCUCCGGUUCGGAUCCGGGUCAGCAUGCAAAAGCGCGUGCGAGGCGUUUGGUAGUCCAGAGUAUUGUUGUAGUGGCGCGUACGCUUCACCAACCGAGUGUAAACCUUCCAUGUACUCGGAGAUAUUCAAAACAGCAUGUCCUAGAUCGUAUAGCUACGCGUUUGACGAUGCUACGAGUACGUUCACAUGCACUUCUGCAGAUUAUACCAUCACUCUUUGCCCUUACUUGCCUAGCCAAAAAUCUGCAGCUAAUGGGUGGAGAGAGGGCGGUGGAUCUGCAGGAAGCUCACAGUCUCCAUUAUCGACGUGGUUAUCGGAUGUAUUCAGUUCUGGCUCAUCAAAUCUUCAAUCUUCCAUAUAUUUAAUCAUAUUUUCUUGUAUUUUUCUUCUUCUUUUUCUUUGGCGAAUUUGAUUUAUGUUUGUGUUUCUUAUUUUCCGGGUGUAAAUUCUGCAUCCUGUUACAUUUAUAUGUUUCAUGAUUAUACAAACUAAUAACAUAUAACCACAUUGUUAAUUUAUAUUCUUGAAGGCACAGGCCCUACAAGAUAAUGAUAACCAUGUGCAAUGGAAACUAACCCUAAAAGUAAUUGAAAGGGUUCUCAAGAUGUGAGAUAUCCAACUAUUAUUCAUAGUUUGUUAUUCUUGAUGAGAACCCAUUUUAGAAAUUUGUAAUGAGAAUGCUCUAACUUCCAUCAUGGAUUCGAAGACAAAUCGGUUAUUACAGUUUCAGUUACAACGUAACAAAUAUGAGACGUGAGUGUUUUAGUCAGAAAGUUUGCGGAUGGCAUUUUGCUAUUGUUAUGCAAGUAUAGAGUUUGUUGUAGCCGUGUUGCUAUUUCAGUGAGAAAGUGGUUGCAAUAUCGAGAAAUACCGUCACAACUCAUUUAUAAAAAAAUACAACCAAGUGGAAGAACUUAUCUGAGAGAUUAGGAUUACACAUGGUUAUCAUUAUCUUUCAACUAAGUGGUACUACUCUUUUUGGUUUGGUGAUCCUAUUAGGAUUACAUUGAUGAUGGAGAGAUGACGGGAAAUACAAAACGUGGGAUGUAAAAAGAAAUGUAAAAAUAAAUAAAAAGAA